GGCGCGCCGACCUGAGAAAAGGUGAAGUACUACUACUCGAAAAGGAAUGACUCCAGCACGGACUUGAGAAGGCGAACUUUGGGGAGACAGAUGCUGCCGAAUUCUGUUUUUGGCCUUGCACCUCCCUGCAACGGACAAUUCGAAAUAGGCGCGUUUUACGAAAUCGAUCACGAAAAGCUUCCGCCGAAGUCUCCGAUCCAGCUGAAAGCCAUUCGGGUCGUAAAGGUAACGGAGACUUCGAAGUUGGACGUGACAGUGAGCUUCCCGAGCACCCUUUCGCUGCGGAACUACUUCUCCUUUUACCCCACCGACGGGCACGAGCCCGAGCUGGACGAGAGGUUCGUCAUGAGCUUGAAACAAGCGGUGAGGAUCCUCAGGAGACUGGUACCCUCGUCCACCUGGGAGGAGGAGAAACACAUGGAGAGCUUCUGGCUUGUGGCUCCCAGGGCAUACGACUGCCAACCUCUAGCCUUGUUGCCAGCCACGGCCACAAAAGAAGCUGCGGAGGAAGACGAGAGGACGCCAACACCGAUGGGUUCCUGCCUCUUAGCCCUCAAGAGCGCCGGGAUUUUGGGUUGGGGGAUCCGACGGAAGGUUAAGUACAUCGGAAGGCACAGGGAGUUGCCGAUGCCUGAGAAGAAGGAAGAAGAGGAGGAGGAACGAGCGGAAAUGGAGGAGAAAGUGGUGGUGGAGGAGCAGCAGCUUGGACAGAAGAGGACUCGUGAGGCUUGCAAGAGGGAGAAGGAAGAGAAUAAGAAAAGGAAGAAGAAGAAAGAAGACCAGAGGGAAAGGAAGAAGCCGCGGCAUGGGAAGGAGAAGAAUAGAAAGUGCGAGCAGGAAAGCCGGGUGAAGGCGUCCAAGGACCGGUGGUCGUCGGAGAGGUAUGAGGCGGCGGAGAUGAAGCUACUGGAGAUCAUGAGGGAGAAGGGGGCGGAGCUGGGGAACCCCAUCAUGCGUCAGGCGCUACGGGAGGAGGCGAGAAAACACAUCGGGGACACUGGCCUUCUGGACCACCUCCUGAAACACAUGGAUGGUAAAACCGUGGCCGGAGGCACCGAGCGUUUCCGGCGGCGGCAUAAUGCCGAGGGCGCCAUGGAGUACUGGUUGGAACCGGCGGAGCUAGUGGAGAUACGGAGGAAGGCCGGGGUGAUGGACCCCUUCUGGGUCCCUCCGCCGGGGUGGAAGCCCGGAGAUGCCGUGUCGCCGUGCCCGUGUGGCACGGAAUGCAAAAGGGAGGUUAGUGAGCUCCGAGAGGAGAUCGCUGUUCUGAAGAGGAACAUGGAGCAAUUGAGUUCACUGAAGAACCUGGAGAAGAUAGCUAAAGAAUUUCGCUCGGAAGAUGAUAAUGGUUCUGGCACCUGGCAGGAGAGAUACCAGAGCUUGGUGGAAUCGAACAGCAAGAUGGAAAAAAAGAUGGCAGCUUUAUCCAGUCAUUUGCUGGAGCUGGAGGAAGAGAUCCGCUUACUCAAGGACGAGAAGGACAAAAAAACGGAGAUGGCGACGAAAGACAAGGGCUGGCUGGAUGGAGGUGAUGGCGAUAAGGAGGGAGAGGAGAGGGGCAAAGAGCAGGAGUCCAAAAACACCAUGAGCACCAAAAGUAGCACGAACAACGACAGCAGCAGCAGCAGGAUCACUGAUCUUCCUACGACCAUCGCCAAUGCUAACAACAACAACAGCGAUGGCAGUGGUGGAGGUGGAGGUGGGAAAAGGACGGUGAGGAGCGGGUUCAGGAUAUGCAAACCCCAGGGGACGUUCCUGUGGCCCAACACCGCCGCGCUCAUCAGCACCAGCGGCAGGAGGAACCCGGGGGAUGUGGUGGCCGUGUCGUCAUCGCCACGCGCCCAGGGGCUGAUGGUCCCCGCAGCAACCACCGCCACCACCACGACGCUGGAGGAUCAGCUCAUGUUUUUCGGGGGCAUCCCCACCCCACCUUCGGCUUCGUCCGCCACGUCAGCGCCCAAUCUCCUGCUGCCGCCUCCGACAUCCCCCAAACUGCCACGCGUCUCCGACUCUGCCGCGGCAGAGGUCGUGGUGGUCCCCUCCGCCCACCAGCAGCUGCAGGAGAGAACGGCCAGCUCCGAGAACCUCUGCCCUUCCGUGUACCGCCAGGACGUCCACACGGCACGCGGGACUUCGUCUCCGUUGGGAGAGAAUAACAAGAAAGAGGCGUUGUGGGAGCCGGCAGAGGGGGGAGGGUGGAGCAACAUCACCACGGAUCUGGCCCUGGCUACGCCUUCCUCCUACCGCUGAUGAGUCAUUUUUCAGGAUCCGCUGGUGAAUCACAGAUCUCCAUCUCCUAUUAAGAUCAGUAAUGAUGCUGUUAUGUAACAAAAGGUCCUUCAGCUCCGUCUAACUUUACCGCAAGUUCCCCCCCGUUUUUUUGGUUGCUGCCACGUUGCUUAGUUACUUUUUAGCCUCAGUUUCCAUGAUAAUUAGACUACGACUAGAAAGCA